AUGACGGCCGUUUCGGCGAAACCAUGGUCCAACCUUGAACACUGGACUCUUUUUACCAUUUACAAAGGAAAUUCAGAUGAAGAAUGGCACAUGCGUGCUGCAGAAUGCAUGGAAGCGACACGAAAUAAACGUAUCGAGAGGAGACCUAAAGGAUUCUACACUCCAGCGAAGUGCAAAGAAGAAUUCAACAGGGUAAUGGCUGAGCCUUGUCCAUUUGAUGUUCCUACAGGGUCUGAUUACAGUAGAACAGCGGUUGUGGACGCGUGGAUCAAACACUUCACUGAAGAGGAUAAAAAAGAUGCAAAGCUUUUCGAUGAGCUCAUGCAAGUGAAAAUACGAUCUUAUGAAGAUCGCCUUAUGAAGGUAUGGGGAAAUCGAGACAACUUCAAAGUUGAACAGUUGGAGAAAAUGUCGAGUAUGACGAGGAAGAAGCCUGAGUACCAUGAACGUCUUGCAGCAUAUUAUUACAAGCAUGUGUCGGAGAAGUUUCAUAGCGAACGGGAGAAGAGAGCAGCCGCGACUCGUCCCAGUUCUGCUUUGCCAGCUCGUGCUCCGCAUUCUCCUCGCAAAAUACUCGGUCAACGACCGCGAGACGUCGAUAACGCGGGCGGGUCAACUUCUCCAACAAAAUCUCCCAAUCGUUCUUCUCCAGCUCGUGCUCCGCAUUCUCCUCGCAAAAUACUCGGUCAACGACCGCGAGACGUCGAUAACGCGGGCGGGUCAACUUCUCCAACAAAAUCUCCCAAUCGUUCUUCUGUUGGCGACGGAGAGCCUAUGGCUGUCACGGUGAAGGAAGAAGAACAUGUAGUUGAAAAGAUGGAAGUUGAUGAAACCGAAUCGAAAUUGUCAGACAAUGGCCUAGACUCACCGAGGAGCCAGUCGGAUACGAAACGCCCACGGGGUAGGCCACCCAAAAAGUCAUCAUCAGCAGCAACACUUGUGGAGGAGUCGUCCACUCGAGACGGUUCACCAAUGUCAGUCAAAGCGUCUGAAGAGCAGAAGUCUCCCACACGCGCAGAGACACGUCGCAGCGCUGCUCGUGGUGAAGCGAGUGUGUCAGCAGCGACCUCCACUGCCACUGAGAAGGAUUCCAUCCAUGUUGUUGAUAGUCCCGCG